AUGCUGUCAAGUUCUUUGCGACUGCUAGCGGCAAAAGCUGCAGCUGCACUUGUGCGAUUGGAGCCACCACUAACCGACGAUGAAACAUGGGAGUUGGGUGUUGUGCUGACGCAAUACAUCUUACCCAUGUGCCGAGAGAAAAGUGGGCUGAAAACGUUGGCCUAUGAUCUGUUCGACUACGCCUCGACGUCAAUCUCCUCAUUUACAUCGUCAAGUAAUCGUAUUGGCAUGAAAAAGGUAUGCCUCUUAGCUUUUACGGCUUAUUGUGGGGCUGCACGCUAAUA